AUGGCCACAUCAACAGCAACAUCCGCCACCACCGACCUCCCCACAACAAUGCGCGCCUGGCAAUGGAGCACCUGCACCACGACUCUCGAAGACGCCCUGACACGCAACCCCUCAGCAAGCCCUCCAACCCGCCCCCUCGCUCCAGGAGAGUCCUUGGUAAAAGUCCACGCCGCAUCCCUCAACCCCGUAGACUACAAGCUCGCCGAGCUGCCGCUCGUCGGCCGCCUCGCGAUCCCCAAGCCCGCCACGCCCGGACCCGACUUCUCAGGCGUCGUGGUACGCACCUCACCCACGUCCACGCUCUCAGUCGGCCAGCGAAUUUUCGGCAAGCUAGAGCCCAAGCAGCAGGUCGGCACGCUGGGGGAGUACGUGAUCGGCUCUGCGGCAGGGACUGUGCCGCUGCCUGACGGCGUGGGGUUUGAAGAGGGCGCGACGCUGGGCGUGUGCGGACUGGUUACGUAUCAGUGUCUAGUGCAGAAUGUCAAGGCGGGGGAUAGAGUGCUGAUCAACGGCGGGAGCGGCGGGACGGGGACGUUUGCAGUACAGAUUGCGAAGGCGUUGGGGUGUUGGGUCACGACGACGUGUUCUGCGCGAAACAUCCAGCUGUGCAAAGACCUCGGCGCAGAUCAAGUCCUCGACUACCUUGGCGAAAACUUCCCCUCCGUGCUCCAAACCAGCGCAUCCAAAUUCGACAUGGUCCUCGACAACAUCGGCUCCCCCGCAGCCCUCUACUGGGACGCCCCAACCUUCACGCGCCCGGGCGCCAAGUAUGUUCAAAUCGGCUCGCAGGUCAGCCUGGGGUUCAUCUACGACCUCGCUUUCAGGUUCAUGGUGCCUACCUGGCUAGGCGGCGGACAGACGCCGUUCUCAUUCGGUCUGACGUCGGCGAAUUUCGACGACUACAAGGCGCUGGCGGCGUUAGUGGGGAAGGGCCAGGUGAAACCGGUUGUCGAUGAGGUAUUUGAGUUUGAGCGUGUGGAUGAGGCGUAUAGGAAGCUGAGGACGGGUCGGGCGAGGGGGAAGAUUGUUGUGAGGGUCGAGAGUAAGUCGUGA